AUGCAGCUGCCCAUCUUCACCGCACGCAACGAGCAGGUACAGGUGCUCGACAGCCCGGCUCAGUUCUACCAGACUCUCAAGCAGAAAAUCUCGUCCGCGCAGCAGCGCAUCUUUCUCGCAUCCCUCUACGUCGGCAAGGAGGAGAUCGAGCUCAUCGAACACAUCCGAGCAGCGCUCCAGUCCAGGCGCGCCCUACGCCUCACAGUCCUCGCCGAUGCGCUCAGAUCCACCCGCGAGUCCUCACCGAACCCCUCCUCCGCCUCGCUGCUCGCUUCCCUCGCCCGCGACUUCCCCAACCAGGUAGACGUCAGGCUCUACCACACGCCCAGCCUCAAGGGCCUCACGAAGCGCCUUGUCGGGAAGCGCUUCAACGAGGGGUGGGGCCUGCAGCACAUGAAGAUCUACGGGUUCGACGACGACGUCAUCGUUAGCGGCGCCAACCUCUCUCGAGACUACUUCACCAACCGGAAGGACCGCUACGUCGUCUUUGUCCAACAGCAGCAGAUCGCAAACUACCUCCACUCGCUCGUCCUCCUCGCCGCUCGCUUCAGCUAUCACCUCGCAUCGACCGAGUCACCCGCCAGUUCUGAGAAGGCGACCGCCUACGCCGGAUUCAGGCUCGAGUGGGACGGAGGGGACCGGCUUCUGUUGGGCGAGGAUGCAGAUGGCACGAUAUCGGAAGGCGGCACCCUUGGCCCAUCCUCAUCGAACCGGCUGCCAGAGCAAGGCUGGUCAUCUACAGCGCAGGCGGCUGUCGAGGAUUUCACGCGGCGAUGGCACCAGCACACGCUCGAGACCCUCUCUCUGUCGUCUGGGGAGGAUGCAGAUGUCUACCUGGUCCCGCUCUUGCAGAUGGGACCGCUGCGUAUCCGCCAGGAGACGGCUGCCAUCCCGCAGAUCUUCCACCUCGCCGCAUCCGCCUCGAACCUGGAAGGCAAGCCGGCCACCGUCGACCUGACGUCCGGCUACUUCUCGCUCUAUCGACCGUACAAGGCGCUUCUCUCGGCGCCGUGCAAGGGUGACGUGCAGGAGCGUACCAGGAUCAUCUGCGCGGCGCCAGAGAGCAACGGCUUCUUCAAGAGCAAGGGCGUCAGCGGCUGGAUCCCGGAUGGCUACACGUGGUUUGAGAAGAAGUUCUGGGACGCGCUGAAGCGAAGCGGAAGGCUGUGGAACGGCGACGACGCCAAGGGUGGUGUCGAGAUGAGCGAGUGGAAGAAGCAAGGCUGGACGUACCACGCCAAAGGGAUAUGGUACACGCCGCCCCACUCAGCAACACCGACGCUCUUUCACGUCGGCUCGUCCAACUACGGCUCGAGAUCGUCGGACCUGGAUCUGGAAUGCACGUUCCUCAUCUCGAUGAACUCGUCCUCGCCACUCUCGCAUCGGGUCAAGGCGGAGGUCGAGGGGCUCAGGGCGGACGCCAAGGAGCGUGUCAACGAGGACCUCUUCAACCGACCCGACCGGAAGGUGCGCUGGAGGGUCAGGUUCGCCGCCUGGCUGGUCGGAGGUAUGCUGUAG